CCGUGGCAAUCGCGGCACAGCGCAGCACAGUUCCCAGGGCUGCCGGUGCUGGUGCUGGUUGCCGUGGAGACGAGGGAGCGCGGCCCUGGCUGCAGACGGAUGCGAGCGGCUGCACAGAUCCACACACGGUCACCAUGACCCAGAGACUCGCAUUGCAAGUGUUUGAGCAGUACCAGAAGGCCAGAACACACUUUGUACAAACAAUUGCAGAACUCGCAACAAGACCACAAAAUAUAGAAACUUUACAAAAUGCAGGUGUGAUGUCUCUGUUGAGGCCCCUCUUACUUGAUGUAGUUCCAAGCAUUCAGCAAACAGCAGCGUUGGCCCUGGGACGUCUGGCCAAUUACAAUGAUGAUCUGGCUGAGGCUGUUGUUAAGGGAGACAUUCUUCCACAGCUGGUGUAUUCACUAGCAGAACAAAAUCGAUUCUACAAGAAAGCUGCAGCUUUUGUGUUGCGAGCCGUGGCCAAACAUUCUCCGCAAUUAGCCCAGGCUGUGGUGGAUUGUGGGGCACUGGAUGCACUGGUGAUCUGUUUGGAAGAGUUUGAUCCAGGAGUGAAAGAAGCGGCCGCUUGGGCAUUGGGAUAUGUUGCACGCCACAAUGCAGAGCUGUCGCAGGCAGUAGUGGACGCAGGAGCUGUUCCUCUUCUGGUUCUUUGUAUCCAAGAACCAGAGGUGCCACUAAAAAGGAUUGCAGCUUCUGCACUCAGUGAUAUCGCAAAACAAUCUCCAGAGCUGGCUCAAACUGUGGUGGAUGCAGGGUCUAUUGCUCACCUAGCUCAGAUGAUUCUAAACCCUGAUGCCAAACUGAAGCGUCAAGUGUUUUCUGCUCUCGGUCAAAUUUCAAAGCAUUCUGUAGAUUUGGCAGAAAUGGUCGUGGAAGCCGAAAUUUUUCCUUCUGUUCUAACAUGCCUAAAAGACCCAGAUGAAUAUGUGAAAAAAAAUGUUGCCACACUCAUUCGGGAAAUUGCCAAGCAUACUCCUGAGCUGUCUCAGCUUAUUGUUAAUACAGGAGGUGUGGCUGCUGUCAUUGAUUAUAUCGGUGAUUCCAAAAGUAAUGUCAGGCUGCCUGGUAUUAUGAUGCUUGGCUAUGUGGCUGCUCACUCAGAGAACCUGGCAAUGGCAGUGAUUGUCUCCAAGGGGGUGGCUCAGUUGGCUAUCUGCCUGUCAGAGGAACCAGAAGACCAUAUUAAGGCAGCGUCUGCUUGGGCCCUGGGGCAGAUAGGAAGACACACUCCAGAGCAUGCGCGUGCUGUUGCUGUGGCAAAUGUUCUGCCAAAGCUCCUUUCACUCUACAUGCAGAGUGGAAGCUCUGAAGACCUUCAGGUUAAGGCUAAAAAGGCACUGAAGAACAUUUUGCAGAAAUGUACAUACCUGCCAGCUCUUGAUCCUCUACUACAUGAUGCACCUCCCAAUGUGCUUAAACAUGUUAUUGGCCAGUAUAGUAAGGUACUGCCACAUGACACCAAAGCCCGCCGCCUCUUUGUCACAAGUGGUGGACUGAAGAAGAUUCAAGAGAUUAAAGCUGAACCGGGUUCAGUUCUGCAGGAGUACAUUAAUGGCAUUAACAAUUGUUAUCCGGAAGAAAUUGUCAGAUACUACUCUCCUGGAUAUUCGGAUGCAUUGCUGGAAAGAGUUGAGAACUACCAACCAGCUCUUUAAGAAACAUUAACGGAUGUGUUUUUCUCAAACUAAUCGUAGUUUUGGUUUGCUCACUUUAAAAAAAAAACUCGAAGCAUCUACUGAUUUUGCUCACGGUUUUCCAAGAUAUUUUGUAACGUAUUAAAUUAUGUCCCAAGCCCGCAUCCAGAUUCUUUGAUCAAUUUCAAAUAAUUUUGUUUAAUCAUUUUGCUGAAUCCCGAAAAACCUCUGAUGAACACGUUGAAUGAACCCAUGAUUUGUAUUUCGGUACAUCAUUUUGAUUUUAAUGGCGGUUAGUACUUCCAUGCCUCCUGCAAACCAAUACCACUGUAUAUUUCGCAGAAAGGAAGCCUAAAUUAUGCGAAUGGUUGUCGGGGCUGUAGAUUUGCACUAACCUUUUGUGAAGCCGGAUUUCAGUGGCCACAAAGCACAUUUUUUGUAUGCUAUAAUCUGCACAUUUAAACUCAUAUUUGCAGCACUCUGAAACUCAUUGUUACAUCAAUAAAUGUGGUGACUCGGGUUUUAAAUGAAAAGGUUUGUCCCGAAUCAUUACUAAUCAAAGCA